CAAGUGACCCAAGGAAGCACAAGAGAGCCAAAAACACCAAAGUGAGGCCACACAAACAAAAAGAGUGAUAGAGAGAGAGUGAGAGCUUUUCUGCAACUGUGUUUGAUAAUUUUGAUUGUUCUUCAACUCCUUCCCCUUUCUCUUUGAACCCCUCUUCUCUGAAUCCCUUUCUGUCGUCGUCUGUUUUUCGAAAGAACAUAUUUUGGGGCUUGUUUUUGGGAAUCUUAAUUGGAAAUUACAUCAAUUGUGAUAAAACAAAGCAAACCCAGAAGGGUAUUUCUGAAAGCAGGUGAUUCAGAACAGUGAUCCAGGUUUUUUCUCCUUUUUUUUUUUUCAGUAUAAAGUUUUAAGCUUUUCUGUGAUCAACUGGGAGGGUUUAUUUUUGUCCCUCGAAGGUUGGUUUUUUCAAGCCUGUUUAGUCUUUCUUUGUGCAAAAAAACCUUGUCUUUUUAUCUGGGUUUUUUUUCUUCUUCUUGGAUUUAGUCUACCUGUUCUUUGAUUUUGGUAAGAAACAGGUUGGUUUUAAGGAAAUAUAUUUUCUGUCUUAUAUUCUAGCUUUUACCCCUUUUGUGACUACAUGGCAACCGCUAUAGAUCUUUACAGCAGCAGCUCAAUGACACCAGAUUUAUCAGAUUCCUUGAGGGACGAUCAGCUCCUGAAAGCACUUAUGCCUUUUAUGAAAAGUGUUUCAUCAACCUCUUCUUUGACAUCUAUUUCUUCUUCUAUUUCUUCACCAACCUCUCCUUCAACUUCUUAUUCUUCCUUUUCUUCCUACCCUUCUUCUUGCACUUACCCUCCUCCACUCUACUCUUCUCAGCCCAAUUUGUACCCUGACUUUUGCUCACCAUCCACAACCCACAUGUUUGAUCAAGUGAGUUUUGAGCAAACAGGUUCAAUAGGGCUUAACCAACUUACCCCAUCUCAAAUUCUUCAAAUCCAAACCCAAAUGGUCCUCCAACAACAGCAGGAACUCCAACAAAAGGAACAAAUUGCUGCUCUUGCUUCUCCAGCUUCACUGCAAAACCAAUAUCAGCACCAAAACCCUCGCACCCUGAAAUUCCUCAGCCCAAAAGCCAUCCCAAUGAAGCAAGUUGGUGCUCCCUCCAAACCCACAAAGCUCUACAGGGGAGUGAGGCAGAGGCAUUGGGGCAAAUGGGUUGCUGAGAUUAGACUUCCCAAGAACCGAACCCGCCUAUGGCUUGGUACCUUUGCC